GUUUACAUUCCUCCCCACCCAAUAGCGAGCGCCCUCUGUCAGCAGCGAGCCAAUCGGAGGCGAGCAGCGAGUGACAGCUGCCCAAUGGGAGCCGCCGACUCUCCCAUCCUGCCGAGCGGUGCGGGGGGGUAGGGGGGGUAUAUCUCCCCGCCGCCGCCUGAGGAAUGUCAACUAUUCAACAUGGAGACGGCGGUUACCAGGCUGCAGACCAUGUUCCAGAAGGCAGAAUCCGAUCUGGAUUACAUCCAACACAAGCUCCAGUUUGAAAUAAUGAAGAGUCUUCCUGAGAAUCUACCAGCAGAGGAGAAUCCAGUUGCUCUCUUGGAAGAACUCUCAGUGGUGAAAACUCGUUAUAAAACAUUAUGUCUGAAGCUGGAAAAAAUUUACAAAGAGCAGAGAGAAGCCAUGGAGAGCAUCCGAGCUGCUGUAGGGAACACAAUGAAGAUGGUUCAGGUCUUACAGCAACAGGCUAAUCUUGAGUGCUCACCUCUGACAGAAGAAGAACAGGCUGCAGCACAGCUGCUGGGCUGCCAAACUGGGAAAGAGAUGGAAUCACCAGUGGAAGAGCCAUUUUGUUCAGUAUCUACAAUCCCUAACUCUGCUGAAGAAUUGCAGUUCAAACCAUUGACUGAGGAAAUACUUCUGACUGUCCCAAGGAGUAUCAGGAGUACUGUUAAACUAACAGACCUGAAUGAUUUCUACAGGGAGUUAUUUAACCACUUCAUUGUAAAUAAGAACAAAACAGCACUGAGUGUGUCGCAGAUGAACAAGAUGAACAUGAAAGCCACUCGCUCAAGAAUCCAGAUCUUGAAAGAACUGAGUAUUGUGGAACUUGACAAACAAGGAAAUGUUAAAUUAGUUGUGUAAAUGAAAGCUCAGCCCAUCCUCAUUUGACACAAGCAAUUUGAACAUAGUUCCUGGAUUCUUAACAAGCAAGUAGUUCCCUGGUGUCUAGGGCUUCUGAGCCCACUGUUGGAAAGCUGUUCAUGUGUCUGUAUAAAAAUUCUACUUAUGAUACUUGACACUGUAGAGUUAAGCAGCACUGAGGUUGGUAUUUUAUCUUGGGUAUUUCUAUGACUACAGUCAGUUCGUUUUUGCAGAGCAUUGUUAGCCAUGUGGCACUACCAUGUUCUUGCUUACAUUCCUGAGUGGGUUUUUAAGGCAAAUAACCCAAGCCACUUAAUUGUACCUACAUUCCUGAAUAAAUGAUGAAAGCUAAGGAGAUGGGACCAUA